AUGGCAAAUCUCGAAAUUGAUCUGGAGAGUGUUCGGCAAGAUUACCGAGCGUCCUUACAAGAUUUGACGUUUAACUCAAAACCAAUAAUAACAAACCUAACUAUUAUUGCUCAAGAGAACUUACCGGCAGCAAGGGCAAUUGUACAAGCCAUUGAGGACCAAAUCAGAACUUGUCCGCCACCGCAUAAGCUACCCGUGUUAUAUCUCCUUGAUUCUAUUAGCAAAAAUGUUGGUGGUAUAUAUAUCCAAUUGUUCGCUCGAAACCUUUGCAAUACCUUUAUGGAUACGUAUGAUGUCGUAGAUCAACCGACGAAACAAAAACUUGAGCGAGUUUUAGCCACAUGGAAAAGUGGUCCAACAGGUGCACCAGUGUAUUCAACUGAAGUAACUGGUCAAAUCGAAAGAGCGCUACUGAAGCAGCAGAGGAUGCAAUCACGCGGAUCAAUAGAUGUCGGAAGGCAUAUUCAUAUUAAUCCUAAUUUCUUAAGUGGAGCUAUUGGUCAGAAUACUUUAGCAACUUACCAACAACAAGCACAGCAAUUACAACAAUCACAACAAAAUCAACAAUUACAAGUUCAGCCAGUUACCCAGGUUCAACCAGUCCAACAAACGACAAAUCAAUGGGUUGAUAACGCUAGGUAUAACAAUGGGAUAUCAGGAUACACUGCAGCGCCAAACCGACAAGGAUAUUAUACUCAGCAGUAUAAUACUAAAGCGCCCGCUCAACCGUUGCAACAAAGUCAAGUGUUUGCUCCUCCACCGGAUCAACAAAGACUUUUACAGGAAUGUCAGCAAUUGAUUGUUCAACACCAACAAUACGCUUUGCAAAAUCCCACAGACUUACAUAACCAAAAUCAACUUGGAAGUUUACAACAGCUCUCUGAAGCUAUUCAGAAAGCGCCUCUAACAAGUGAUCAAAUACAACAAGUUCGGCAAUUUUUUGCUACGCAGUUGUCUGUUCCCUCAGCAGCACCCACUCAAACUUCCAAUCUAACUCAUAGCCUUGCUGGUUCUAUUUCUUUUACCGUACCAAUUCUUAAUCCACCCGUUGCUACACCAGUUUCUAUGGCACCAUCAUCUGUGGUACCACCGUCCGUUUCAUCACAUGGCGCUCUUGUACCCGACCCAAACGCGCUGGUGAAAAAUUUGAUGGAUUUCGGCUUACUUGGAAGUGGAAACAUGGUUGGAGGUGCGGGUGGCACUGUUACAUCCGCUAAUGUAGGCGGAUUUGUUGGCGGAAAUACCCCUACUCCACCCCCGUCAGGUCCUACGGCUAGUGAUGCUCCUAUGCAUGUAAAUGAUUUAGAAAAAAUUCAAUUAACCAGCAAUGACAUCCAACGUAAGCGUGAUGGUGUUAUCGCAAUAUUAUAUGACGCUUUGCCCCUUCAAUGCAAGCAAUGCGGCUUUCGGUACGCCAGGAAUGAAGGAGGUAAGGCGAAAAUGGAUGCUCAUCUUGAUUGGCAUUUUCGCCAAAAUCGCAGGAUGAAAGAAAAGGCCAAGAAAGCACAGAGCCGAAGUUGGUUUGUUAGUGAAGAGGACUGGAUUCACUCACGUGAAGCGGAAAUAAAAAGUACACAAUCGCCAGCUUUUUUUGACUUUGAAAACGCCAAUGCUGCUAAGGGCACGGUGGCUUCGCAACCAAAAAAGGACGAGGUGGUCAAGGAAUCUACGGUUAUUGUUCCGCUUGAUCCUGAAAGAGCUGGUAGGCCUUGUACUAUUUGUCAAGAAAAGUUUCAGGUUUUCUGGAAUGAUGCAGAUGAAGAAUGGUUGUUUAGAAAUGCUAUAGAAGUUGAAGGUGUUAUUUAUCACGCAACUUGUCAUGCAGAUGCUCUUAAGAAUCAAGAAAAUGCACAAUCAAGUGGCAAUGCAACAUCAAGUACUGUUCUUGGAAAACGAAAACCCGAUUCG